AUGAUUGCAGCAGUGGAGUCAGUCAUUAAUCGGACGGAAGCGGCGGAGGAGACGAAGAACCUUCUCCGACACCAAGUGUCAUCCCUCCUUAUAAAUCACAAGCCGCACGAAAUACUCCCAAAGAUCGAACGCGAUGCGCUAAGCGAACUCAAGGCCGACAAGGACAUCGUCAUUGUGCCCACGGACAAGGGGCGUUCCACCGUCGUACUGGACAGAACAGACUACCUUCAGAAGGCCAAAAACCUACUGGAGGAUCGCCAGUUUUAUGUCCCAUGUGAAAUCAACCCCGUAAAGACGCUGACACGCGAAAUUAAUGCAACACUGUUGGCACUGGAGAACUCGGGUGCAAUAACAGCGACCGACCGACGCAUGGCGAGAGCCCAAGAAACGGCCGUGGCCCGAUUCUAUGGUCUCCCCAAGGUGCACAAGGAGGGCGUUCCUCUCCGGUCCAUUGUUUCUCGCAAGGGCACUCCAACGUACGGAAUGGCAAAAUGGCUGUUUCAGCGCCUCAAAGUUCUGACCGCUGAUUCGGACAUCACCGUCUGUUCGUCAACACAAUUCCUGGAGAAGCUUAAAAAAAUAAAUCUCUUGUCAAAUGAGGUCAUGGUAUCUUUUGAUGUCACGUCCCUCUUUACUUCUAUCCCCCAGGAUCUGGUAAUCGAGACCGUCCAGCUACUCCUACGAAACAAAUACGAUGAAACGGAGAAUCGUCUCGGACAUGCCCAAGUCCUUCAGCUCCUAAAGUUCUGUCUCAGGACGUACUUCACGUUUGACGGAACAAUCUACGAGCAAGUGAAGGGAACACCAAUGGGCUCGCCGAUUUCGGGAUUCAUCGCCGAGGCGGUGCUACAGCGGUUGGAGUCGCUGGUCUUCCAACACCACAGACCGAAAUUCUGGGCUCGGUAUGUGGACGAUACCUUCGUCGUCAUCGAACGGGAUCAGGUGCUAACGUUCAAAGAACGUCUCAACAGCGUCUUCCCGGACAUACAAUUCACGAUGGAGGAGGAAGAGAAUAACCAGCUGGCAUUCCUUGAUGUCCUCGUCUGUCGCAAAAAUUGUGGUGGCCUAAAGACCAAAGUGUUCAGAAAAGCAACGAACACGACGCAAAUUCUGAACUUCAACAGUAACCACCCAAUCUGCCACAAACGCAGUUGCGUAAGAACGCUAUUUCGGCGUGUUGAGACGCACUGCAGUGAACCGGAGGACAAGGUUGCUGAAUCCCAAUAUCUUCGACGGGUUUUUAGAGAAAAUGGUUACCCGCGUAAAUUCGUCAACCGGUGUAUGCGCAAACGAGACGAGCGACAAAACCGUGCCGACCCCAAAUUCUGGCGAGCGAUCGCGUACAUCAAGAACGUCUCCGAGGCCGUUAGCCGCCUUCUUACACCUCAUAGGGUUGGAGUUGCACACAGAACGGAGGCCAACACGAGACGUUAG